CUAAACUGAAACUUUCAUGCGCGGAAAUAGCGCUACCAACGCAAACAGAUUUUUCACAGCGAACUUUUUAACAACAAACUACUUUUCAAAAGUGACAAAUGUCCUUUAGAUAAUUAUUAUUUACGACAACUCAAGCCUUGUAGGUUGAAGAAUAGAAAAAUUCGAGACGACAUGUCGCGUCCCGCACAGUCGUCCUACAACAUUUCACGCGCUGGCCGCACCUACGCGCGCCGCCCAGAAAUCACGAUUGCACCUUUAAAAAUAAAAUAAACACUGGCUGAAACUCUGAUUGCCAUUGUCAAUUUCGUAAAAAAAACAAAAAAGUGCUGAAAUUGCGUUCGGAAGUGUAUAUUUGACUUGUGGUAAGAACAAUGACGGGAUGUGGACGUUAUCGCGAUUUGGCGGGAAAGCUGUGUGACAGUGCGUUUGACAGAUGAGUUUCCCGCUCUUUUCUCAGUUGCCCCGAGAUGGCGCUGUGUAGGCGGCGGCGUGCGCGCGCGCACUGACAGCGCUCAGUGUGCCGCCGACCCCCCGAUGGGAAAGACGUCCGGAGGCCGCCCAGACGCAGGAGUACGCGCCCAGAGGUUCAGCGGUGGUACCAGAAGGGAUUCAGGAGUCGCGUGGGGGCGGCGCGCGCGCACGGCGGCGCGGGCGGCGGGCGCGGGGGCGGCGGCGGGCGCGAGCGCGUGGCGGCGGCGCGACCCCGGCUCGCAGCCAAGGAGGCCCAUGGAGAUCCUCACCAGCAUCUACGCGCUGCUCUCUGGAGGGCAAGGAGUGACUGCGAAGAUCGACUCGAUCCCCUUCCGUCUCCACUGCGGCGCGACCACGGCGGCGCUGCUGGCGGCCAGCGCCGCGCUCACCACGCGCCACCUAGUGGGCAACCCGAUAGACUGCAUACACACGAGGUGA